AUGACUGGUUUAAAUUGGUCGACAAAAUUGAUUAUGUAUCCUCAAAAUAAUGGUUCCACUAAUUUUACAACUCAAUGCGCAUAUGAUACUGGACGUUUUCUUCGAUAUGCAGGAACAUUGACUGUUAUAUUGGGUUUCAUUGGUAAUUCUUUAUCAAUCCUUGUAUUUAGUCGAAAAUCACUUCGUUCUCGUUCAUGUUCAAUAUAUUUUUUGGCGUUAAGCGUAAGUGAUAUAGUGGUAUUAGUUGGUUACACAUUAGAAAAUUUACUUUGGUACGGUUUUGGAAUACAACUUUUAUCAAGUGCAUUUAUGUGUAAAUCAGUUAUUUUUCUUUUUUAUGCAUCGACAGAUAUAUCAAAUUAUUUUUUGACAUUAGCUGCUAUUGAUCGUUUCGUCUUAACAUCACAUGGAUCAGCAAAUCAUCAUUUUUGCCGAGAAUCGACAGCAAAAUUACUGAUAGCCAUUGUUGCUAUUUUAUUUAGUUUGAUUAAUUGUCAUUUUCUUUAUGGAUUUCAUGUGGAUAAAGAUGGUGUCUGCUUUCCGAGAAAUGGAACAUAUUCACUAUUUUAUGUUAAUCAUUAUGAUUCAUAUAUUGAUAUAGUAAAAACCGUAUUAAUACCAUUUAUCGUUAUAUUUUUAUGUAACAUAUUCAUCAUAACUAGAUUAGCACGAAAACAUAAAUCAUUACGACGGGUAUCAUCACAUGGUGUGCGUCGUCGUCAGGAAAAAGAUCGACAAUUAACGGGUUUUCUAUUACUAACAUCAAUUUUAUUUGUUGUUUUAUCAUUACCAUCGGAAAUUAAUGAUUAUAUACGCACGAAAUUAAGUGACCCAUUUCAAAUGAAAUAUACAUGUGAAUUAUGGAUGAAUACAACAGUACUUAUUCUUUUACAUCAAAUAAAUCAUGCAUCACAUUUUUAUGUUUACACAUUAACUGGACCGAUGUUUCGGAAAGAAAUUCAAAAAUUGAUUUGCUAUUAUAAACAGUCUAAUCGAAAAUUUGAUUACUCUGGUAAUCAAAAACGGUCAAUAACUAUAAGUCGUAACAUGCAUAUCGAUUGCGUUGAUGAUCAACGAUUAGAUGCGCGUUUUAGUCAAUCUCAUUCUCUAUCACGUGUUAGUUGUAAAUGA